AUGUUGGCGGACGCGAGGGCGGAGUUGGCGAGUAGGGAGAGGGGGAGGGGGUUGCUGCCGCCGCAGCCGAGCGCGCAGACGGAGCGAGUAUGGCAAGCGCCGCCCACUCAACAGCAGCAGCAGCAGCAACAGCAGCCAGCUCCGUUCGCGCGGUACCUGAACCAGCAACACAGCGCCUCGCUCGCCCAGCCUCCGUCCACAGCGACGCCGUCGACCACCGCCACCCCUCGCCAUCUGCAACACCAGCACCAGCACCAACCGUACCUGUUCUCCAACACCCCGGCGUCCACGGCGCAUGCGCCAAACCCUUCCUCGACUACCCAGACAUCGCCCGCUUCGACUACACAUCUCCCGACCCGCACAUCCGGAACCAACACCAGCACGAAUACAUCAGUGAACGUGAACGUGAAUGUGAAUGUGAAUGGGACUGGGAGCGUGAACGUAAACACGGCAACCCACCACCACCCGCAUUUCCGCAGCAAGCGCGUGUGCACGCUGACCUGCAGGCAUUGCACGAACGAGGUGUGCUCGAGGGGGAUGAAGGCCAUUCUAUUGGGGGAUUUGAGGGUCGAGCUCUUUUCAACCGACUCGCCACCAUCAAAGGUUCAGUUGGUCGAACUGGACUACAUGACCCGCAACUGCAGAUGCCGGAUCCGUGAUGUCGCUUGUCUAGGCUGCGGCAACGUCAUAGGCUACCACGUAACACAACCCUGCGACCGCUGCCUCGAAUCCUGCAACAACGGUCAUUUCUGGAUGUUCCUCUCCGAGGGCGUGACGAGCACGGAUCGGAUGGACCUGUCCGGGACGAAGCACCUGGUGUGGGCGCAGCUGCCGGUUGUUGAGAUGGAUGCCGGGGGGGCGGGAGCGAGGGAGAGUGUUGGGGAGGAGGUUGUUUGUCGUUGA